CCUUUGCAGCUUCAAAGCUUCUUAUUGUUCUUCUUCGCUUCUUCCGUGAAUGCUACUUCCAUUUUUCCUUCGUUGAUUUGACGCUUUUCUAUUUCACUUUCCUGCCCCCCCUCCCCCCCCGGAAAGCACCUUUGCACUCGAUGAGACUUUAACGGUUACGCAAAGCAAAAGCAAAAGCAAUGUCUGUCCUCGAUGACGACUCCUUUGAAGAGUACUUCGACUCUUCCCCCGGAAGCUCUCAUGCUAGCGCUGAAUGCGCCGCUGCCAAAGGCCGUUACGAUUCGUGCUUUUUUAAGAGCUAUAACGAUCGAUAUCGAGUCGGUGAAGUACGCAUGGAUGAAUGCAAGGCUUUGUUUAACCAGUACAAGAAUUGUCUUAAUAAAACUCUGAAUACCGGCAGUCCUCCGAGAGAUAGGCUCCCGCCCAGGGUAGCUGUUCCACCCAAGAGAGUCACGGAUCCGGACGAAGCUUGGAAGAGAAUGACGAGUAGUAAGUGAGGUUAGCGGUGGCCUGCCCGGGCCAUGGGUCUGUUGGUGUUGGAGUUGGGUUUGAUAUUUUGCCCUUGCUCUCGCUGUUCCCCGUGAGUUUCUGAGUUUCUGCGGGUUCGGAAAUGGACGGGUUCUGCUCGGAGGCCUUUUAAAUUUCGGUUUAGGAUGUUUUCUUUUUCUCUCUUCUGUUUUCUCUUUGCCUUCUCCCUAGUAUACCCCUAUCGCUUGGGCUUCCUUAGGGAUCCGUUCUUGUAUUUUAUCAACUUGCGUACCUUUUGUUAAUGUGGAAUUCGCUUAUUGGAGUUUUGGGGUUUGGCCGUGUUGAUGCUGGUGUGACAUGUCUGAGGAAUGCUAGCUCAAGUGCUCGGUAUCGUCCCGUGUGCGGGCACUUGAGUUUAGUUCGUGCCAAAUCGGUGGUUGCUUUUCUGUUUGGGAAAGGUUUUUGAUGCAUUUUUUGGUAGACUUGGGUGCGGAACUGGAUUGAAACGGAGGGCGGGUUAAGCAGCUUUCACAAUGAAUUUCAUAGGGAUAGGAGUGAUUUACUUACUGGUGUCAUAACUCUGUUCGGGCUCGA